CGAAGAAUAUUAGAAUAUUGACUUGUUUUUGGCGAGUCAGGAGGGCAGUUUGAAGUUCUUUAGAUCACUCACUUUAAGCCUUUUUAACCGCACUGAAAGACGUGAAGUCACCGUUUGUUGUUAUUAACCAUUUUGCCAUACAUGGCAGUUACUGCUGUUGAUAUCGGGAGUAUUUACGUGAAGACGGGACGUUAGCUAAGCGAUGCUAACUGUAUCUUUCAAGCCAGUAUAGCUCAAAGGAGUCUGUGAAAGAUGGCGAGUGUGCACGAAAGUUUAUAUUUCAACCCCAUGAUGACAAAUGGAGUGGUGCACGCGAACGUGUUUGGUAUCAAAGACUGGGUGAGUCCGUAUAAGAUCUGCGUUCUGUCUUUGCUGCACGAGAUGACCGCGACCAAGAUCCCGCUACCGGAGAGGAGGAGGCUCAACAAACUCAUCCUGCCCCUGCUGCUGGUAGGUUCGAGGCUCAACAAACUCAUCCUGCUCCUGCUGCAGGUAGGUUCGAGGCUCAACAAACUCAUCCUGCUCCUGCUGCUGGUAGGUUCGAGGCUCAACAAACUCAUCCUGCUCCUGCUGCAGGGUCCAGAUCUGAGUCUUGGCCAGUUUCUUAAGACUGUACAGGAAUCCUGCCCUCAGACUGCUUAUACUGUCAAACUCAGGAUCCAUGAAAUGGCUGAUGGGGAGCUGAAAGACAUGGAAUACUUCUUUUCCACCCUUCCUACUCCUUUUGCUGCUUUUGAUUCUGAGGCUUAUAAAACUAGUGUUGUGGGGCUUUUUAUGAGACACAUGCUCCUGGCCUACAACAAGCUGUCCUUCAGUCGGGUAUACAAGCUGUACAAGUCCCUGCAGCAGUACUACCACAGUCAUUAUGCCAAGCCUGCCGACGGCCAGGGGGCUCUGCAGACGCUAGCUGCAGGCGACUCUGACAUGGACCUGACCAGUAUGGAGGAUACUGUAGGAGAUCGAAUGGACAAAGAAGAGCUGGAUGUGACGCUGUAUGACUGUGAGCUUCGAAAUGACAAUAGUCCAAACAAAGGGCCCCUGUCACAAAAGCAAGCAGAGUACUUUCUUGCAAGACAGGCCUACCUCCUGAAAAAUGAUGAGAACAAGGCGCUGAAGCCUGCUGCGCUGCAGGAAGAGCUCAACAACAUGCUGAAGUUUAACCCAGACUUUGCUGAGGCGCAUUACCUGAACUAUUUGAACAGCAUGCGGGUUCAGGACAUCUUCCUGUCGGCACACAGUCUCUUGCAUUAUUUUGACCGCCUCAUCUUGUCCGGGAAUGAGGGAAAGAGCAACGGUGAUGAUGGCUACGGGCGAAGUCUCCGCUACGCUGCUCUUAACCUCGCAAGUUUGCACUGUCGCUUCGGCCACUCUCAGCAGGCUGCUCUGGCUCUACAAGAAGCUAUCCGCAUUGCCCAGGAGUCCAAUGACCACGUGUGCUUGCAGCACUGCCUGAGUUGGCUCUACACACUGGAGCAGAUGAAGGGAUCAGAUAGCACAUUGCUAACUGAGGAUUCUGUGAAAAUGGCUGCUCAUUUCUGCCUGCCAUAUUUGGCGUCUCUGGGUAUUCAGUCUUUGGUCAGGCAAGGGUCAACACAGGGCAAGACGGCACACAAACUGAUGGAUGCCCUGAAAGACACGGGUGUUCUGGACUGGAAGCACAGUCUGUCCGAGCUGAUAGAAAUCAACUUGGCUCAGACGACGUCUAUAUGGAGGAUGUAUGGAAAGAGCACCAUGGCACUGCAGCAGGCGCAGCUGCUUCUUAACAUGAGCAGUCUGGAGCCAGUCAAUUUUGGGGUGCAGCAAAACAACACGGAAACCUUUGCUGUGGUUCUCUGUCACCUGGCGGAGCUACAUGCUGAGCAGGGCCUUUACGGUGCAGCUGAAGAAAUUCUCCAGCAUUUAAAAGAACAGUUUCCACCUCACACUCAGCAUGCUAAGCUCUGGAUGCAGUGUGAUUUGAAAAUCCAGUUUGAAAAGCACAUGCAUGAUGGGAAAUUCCAUUUAGCCGAACCACAAGUCACAGCCAUUUCUGCCUUAAACAAAACUGAGGGUCUCUACAGGAAAGCUCAAGUUCUGAAGGCUCUCAGACAGACUUCGGAGGCAUCCCGUAUUUUACAGAGACUCCAGGUGCACUGUGAGAAAACCAAAUGCACAGAGAUGCUUAUCAGGGUGAUGCUUUCCAGUGCUGAGCUCCACUGGGAGUCCUCUGGUUUCUCCACCGCUCUCCCUCUCCUCCUGCAGGCUUUGGCUCUGGCUCGACAGCACCACCUACAGGCCCUGGCCUCAGAGACCCUCCUUCACUUGGCCUUCACUCAGAUGAUGCUGGGGGUUCCUGAGCAGGGUCUGAGCAUUUUGCAUGAAGCCAUUGAGCCGGUUCUGGCCCACAGUGCAGUUAUGGAUAAAGGCCGCGCCCUGCUGCUGAUGGCCCGCUGUCAGAUGGCCGUAGGCGGACUCAGGCCACAUGAGCAACCACAAGCAGGUAACCGCUUGGCCCCUCCCAACAACCAUGAUGGAGCCUUGGAUGCAGCUGUUUUAGCCCUUGACACGCUAAGCGAGGCUGAAGCCUACUUCUCCAAGCUCAACUGUAAGGAGCGGCUGCGGGACGUGCACUACCUGCAGGCUCAGCUCCACCACUCUCUGGGCCAAAGCUCCCAGUGCAACAAAAGUGCCAUGCUCUUCCGCCUGCUGGACCAGGAGCUGCAGUCUCCAGCACCGCCAGCCUCCAUGCGACUGUAGGCGCUGCACAAACACGUGAUGAUAAACCGUCCUGUCAAAAACACACAAAGGUCAGGAAAGAUGGAAUUGUUCCUCUUUCCACGUCAUUAAACACAUUCAGCACUUCUGCUGCCUGUGGGUUUUUUUUUUUUUUUUUUUUUUUUAGUGAAGAUGUGGAAGAUGAUAUCAGUGAGUGUGACGCGUGGGAUUCGAUAUGUCUUUGGCCACUUUGUAAAACAAGAUUUCUGUCUGAUUUUGGUGUUGUGUAACUUCUGUUGAAUCAAUGUGGUUUUGUUCCUCUGUUUCAUUCCCCAUGAAAUUACAAAACUGACCUUUGACCUGCAUUUUGCUGUGCAUGAAUGUUCAUGCUCAUAGAUGUUGAUUCACUGCCAUCUGUUGCCGUGGUUUGUAAUUGUUAAAGAUGGGUCCAUUUGUUUUCAUCUUGAAUGCUUGUCGGAAUUCCUGCUGCUCUCCACUAGAUGGCCCUCCUGGCCUUUAUUUUCUGAACAGGAGAUUGGCUCUCACCUCAGAGGUGUUUUUGAUGUAAGGACUCAGAACAGUGCUGAAAUGAUCCACGAACCAUUAAAGUAACCAGUUCUUAGAGU